GCAUGGAGAGACUGAGGGGCACGUCGUAUCACGAGGGAUCCUCAAAGUCAUCACUCCUCUUACCACGUCGGCGGCUCCGUGGAACCAACGGACGAUGGUUCGAUGUGUACAUCCGGAUGUGGUAGUGGGUGGCGCACUCGUGGACCCCGCCGGCGUCGGUGCCGACACUCGCGCGGUCAGGUCAAGUCAGGGGAGUACUCCCCGCUCAGCCUGUUCGUUUUCCGGGUCGUUCGUGGGCGGAGUCUCGUGAACAUUCCGACAUCCCCAUGGGUACGUCAUCAGUUUCGAGCGGGAUGUGGGGUGCACAAUCGAAAACCCCGCAUGCGCCCAUCCAGCUCCUUCCCAAUCGCACGGCCGUCCAUCCUCCUUCCGCCACACGCACUUGAACGCCUUGGGCUCUGCAGUCGCGCGUUUGACCCCGACUCCCGCGGAUCAUUGGCCGUCGCUGCGGUGACAGCACAGCGGCCUCCCUCUUUGCUCGGUGACCAUCCUGGUCGUCGCCAUCCCGUAGGACAACUGCCUCUCCGCUCGUUCUGUUCGACUGAGCCGUAUUUCUACCAAGUCAAUGUAUGCGGAUGAGUCUACGGUACUGGCUGCGUUAGGUCACGAUCCACGUUCUACGAUUUACGCUACAACAAGAAGGGUACGUGUCAGACAGGGCGCGUUCAGUACAUAGAGUACAAGAGAUAUCCAGAGCG